AAACAAGUUACCGUAAGUCAACACUCUAUCCCGUAAUUGACGAAACUACCCCUGUUACUUUCUACCCCUUUUUCUCUCUCUCUUCCGUAACCUGAAACUGGAUCACAAUUUUCCGCCAUGGAUGACCUUCAUUCUCCUCACUCUCACUCCACCACCGCCUCAAAUGCCGACACUUCAGGCGACCAGAGCCACGGCGGAGAUUCCUCUGGCGUCAGAUCCACAGGCGGCGCUAAAUACAAGCUCAUGUCACCGGCGAAACUCCCUAUCUCACGCUCCGCUUACGUCACCGUGCCUCCCGGUCUCAGCCCUACCUCUUUCCUCGAAUCGCCGGUCCUCUUGACGAACAUCAAAGCUGAGCCUUCUCCAACCACUGGUUCUUUCUUUAAGUCUCCGAUGAUGCAAAGGUCAAUUGCCACUUCUGCAUUCUCUUUAGAGGGAAAUUCUUCUACUAGAAAGACCUUGGAUGAUAGUAACUCUGGAUUCUUUGAGUUUCGACCACAUACCCAUACUACACCAGUUCAACAAUUUUCUUCUGCAGGAUUUCAGGUUUCUGCAGGUUCCAACUUUCAACGAGGUGAACCAAGCGGGCAAUAUCAUAAUCAGAACCAAAAUCAUAAUCAAAAUCAAAGCGAGCCCCGAUCAUAUGCGUCUCCAUCUACGACCAAUUGGGAAAUGGCAUCACCAAAAGAACAAAAUCAUACUUACAUGCCUCACGAGGAAGCAAACGGACCGGGGAAGCCUAAAGAACACGGGCCCACUAUCCAAGUCGACAGGUCAUCAGAUGACGGAUAUAAUUGGCGAAAAUAUGGACAGAAAGUUGUGAAAGGAAGUGAACAUCCAAGAAGCUAUUACAAGUGUACGCAUCCUAAUUGUGAUGUGAAAAAGAUUUUUGAACGGUCUUAUACUACGGGCCAAAUAACGGAAAUUGUCUAUAAAGGCACUCAUGAUCAUCCCAAACCUCAACCUAGCCGUCGAUUUAGUGCUGGUGCUCUUAUGUCUAUACAGGAUGAAAAUCCCGACAAACUUCAAUAUCAAACUUAUCAAGCAGGUUCCGCAAAUAAUGGCCAGAAUCCUAACUUGGAGGCUAGUGGAACCCCUCUGCAAUCUCCUAGACAAGCAAAUCAAGACGGUAUGGAUGAGGUUGACGAAGAUGAUGAUGACCCGUAUUCAAAAAAGAGGCGAACAGAUUUUGGUACCCUUGAUAUAACUCCAGUGGUUAAGCCUAUCCGUGAGCCACGUGUUGUUGUCCAAACUACUAGUGAGGUUGAUAUCUUGGAUGAUGGAUACCGUUGGCGUAAAUAUGGCCAGAAAGUUGUGCGGGGUAAUCCUAAUCCUAGGAGUUAUUACAAGUGCACAAGUGUUGGAUGCACAGUAAGAAAACAUGUAGAGCGAGCAUCACACGAUCCUAAAGCUGUCAUAACCGCAUACGAAGGAAAACACAAUCACGAUGUACCAGUUGCGAAAAAUAAUAACCAUGAUCUUACAGGGUCUGGAAAUCAACGGACCAGAUUAGAGGAAAACGAUGCUCUCUGCCUCGAUCUUGUAGUUGGUAGCAGACUCCCUGAACAACCACAAGUACAUGUUUCAAAUUCAAAUUUCAGAAAAGUUGUUCACUGGAAUGAUGUAUACGGGUCCAGAGAGAAUGAAGUUGAAGGCUGCAACAAUGACCAUACUACCCUUACCCAUUCUUCUAACCCGUACCCGCAAAAUAUCGGAAGAAUAGUUAUGGGACCGUAGAAUUAGAAGAAACGGAAUAAAACAUGGCUGCUGCUUUUGCCAUGUGGCAAUGGGUCAAAAGGGUGUAUAAAUUACAAAUUUGCCACAAGUUGGUCAAAGAGGUCAACGGUUGUGACACUAGUUCGUAUUUCUUUUGUACUUUUGCCUUAAUGUUAGCUGCAAAUUAGUUGUAACGUAUCAAUUGGAGAAAAAAAAAUUGAGAUGUAAUUUAGAUCUGAAUGUAAUAGCGUAUAGUUGGUUGAAUGGUUGUGUUUUAAAGGUUUUGUUAGUCUUUGUAUUGGGAAGUGAAUAUUUGUAUUGAAUAAUGUAUGCAUGUAUAUGGUGUUGUAUUGUAGGGAGUCUUGUUCUU